AUGAAGGGGCCAGUGAUGAGAAAUGGAUUGACUGCUGUGAAGUUGCUGAAGAACAGGUCGCUCUCAGAGUUUCUAUCGCCACUCCCAGGCCAGAGUGCACCUCCUCUCGUUGGUACGGCGAAGGCUUUGGCAGCAUGCCGGGGCUCCGCGCAUGUUCACCGUCUCGGACGAUGUCUUCCCGUUCUCUUCCUUCGCGUCUGGUGGGCAGGGCUGACCGACCAGGCGCGUCCGAAGGGAAACGACUCCUCAUUCGUAGCCUUGAAUCUCAAGAUCAUGGCUUCCAUAACUAUGCAACUCAACUCUCCACUGAUCCACCACUAUCCCCUUCAGCAUGUGCCGCAGAGCGACCGCCGUCUCGUAUCCGAGGCCAGCAGGCGUGGCCACGCGAGACGUGUUGCUUCCUCUGCAACAGCGGUAGAGCUCGAUCAAAACCUGUUACCACUUCCUAUGAACCCGAAUCUCUAA